GUGUAUCGAAAACCUAUCUGUUGCAGUCCAAUAACGUGGGUUUUCUGGGACACAAUGAAGUUUUUCAUCUUUUCUAAAGCUGGUCUCCACUGGAUCCCAGGUCUUGUUUUCCUGGUUUUGUGUGUUCAUCCUUCUGCUGUCCUGUGUGAAAACCUGUAUUGUUACUACUGUCCUCAGACGUCCUUUAACAGGACCUGCCGUCACGUUCUGUCAGAGUGUCGGCCGCAGGAACUUUGCUUCACCGCCGACGGCCGAUUCGGACGCGCAUCCGUUUUGUUCUCCAAAGGCUGCAUGUCGCAGAGAGACUGUGCCCGAUCCAACAGUCAAAUGAUACGCGGGAACAACAUCAGCUUCACGUACCUGUGCUGCGACCGUCAUUAUUGCAACUCCAGCCGGGGCUGCGAUCACAGCCUCGCACUCCUCACAGUGACUGCUAUCGCUGCGAGCGUCAUUACGGCCGGCUGGACUCGAACUGAACUCCUGUGAUGCUGAGAGAGACAUGACAGAAUACAAGCCGUUCCUGCUAAUGAUUUUAUUUUUAUUAUUAUUAUUAUUUUUUUUUUUUUUUUUAAAAAACCUGUGUUAAAGUACUUUUUAAUGUCAAGUUCACUUUUAACUGAGCCUCAUUAAAUACCGUUUAAUUUACA